UUGAUGAUGUUCUAUGCGGAACAACCAUAGUUUAUAAUCAAUUAUUUGAAUUAGUGGCUGAAGAUAAUGCUAUAGAAGACGCAAUUUAUUACUUGGGAAGAGCAUUAAGCACAGAAAGGAUAGAUUUGAACACGUAUUUGAAG